AUGGGAAAUUGGGUUGGGAGGUACAAAGGCGUUCACCCAACUGAAGAUCAAGCAAGACAUAGAACUUCAUCGUCAUCGUCAUCGUCAUCAAACAGUUUGAGAAUCAAGGUUCGUAUGACUGCCAAGAAACUCAAGGAGUUGAUGACGGAGGUCGACGUGACCAAAAGUCCCAAUUCGAAUUCAGAGCUAGGCCGCUUGAUCCUCCGGGAAUGCUUGGAAGGUAGGUCUCGCGCUCGUUUUGUUGCUGUUGUUGAGAAUCAUGAGCAAUAUGCAAGGGGUUGGAAGUUGAGCACCAUCCAUGAUCAUAGUUUGUAA